AUGCGACUCUUCUUCGGGAGCUCUAAGAAGAAGGAGCAGCAGGCCCAGAAGGCCCCUCCGUCCAAAAAUCUUCCCGAUGCUAUCAUGAAGAACAAAGAGGCCAUAGCCACUUUGGAAAAGAGGGAGCAGCUCAUUGAGAAGAAAAUGGCGUUGCAGGAGCAAGACGCACGGACUCGUGCCGCGGCCAAGGACAAGCGGGGUGCCUUGAUGGCUCUGAAGCGAAAGAAGAUGCUCGAGACUGAACUGACAACUCUGAUGAAUUCACGGAUGACAUUAGAGCAGCAAAUUCUGUCCUUGGAGUCGAGUCAGACUACAGCGGUGGCAGUGUCGGCCCUGGCCACGGGCGUGUCAGCUCAGAAGGUUAUGAACCAACAGCUCAAUAUUGACAACAUUGACGUCCUCAUGGAUGACAUGCAGGAAAUGCAGGACAUGCAAAAUGAAGUUGCCAACGUGCUCGCCGGUGGUAACACUGUGAUGGACGAUGAGGAGCUCCUCAACGAAUUGGACGAAAUAGAGGCGCAGGAGCUUGAGGCCAAGAUGGUCGAUGCGGCACACGUCCCUUCCGGAGGAGUCGUGGCCCAGCCGGAUGUUGCCGUGCCCUCGGUGCCUGCCCAAUCGCAGCAAUCAACGGCAGAGUCUUCUAGGGCUCAGCGGAAUGAUGGCCUAACAGAUGAGGAGGCAGACCAGCUGGCCGCCCUACAAGCUCAGCUUGGCUGA